UCUGCCUUGUAUAUUUUAACUCCGCUAAACCCUGUUAGGAAAAUUGCUAUUAAGAUUUUGGUACAUUCUUUAUUCAGCAUGCUUAUCAUGUGCACUAUUUUGACCAACUGCGUAUUUAUGACCUUGAGUAACCCUCCAGACUGGACGAAGAAUGUAGAGUACACAUUCACUGGAAUCUACACCUUUGAGUCACUUAUAAAAAUCUUGGCAAGAGGGUUUUGCUUAGAAGAUUUUACAUUCCUUCGUGAUCCAUGGAACUGGCUGGAUUUCAGUGUCAUUGUGAUGGCAUACGUGACAGAGUUUGUGGACCUGGGCAAUGUCUCAGCGCUGAGAACAUUCAGAGUUCUCCGAGCACUGAAAACAAUUUCAGUCAUUCCAGGUUUAAAGACCAUUGUAGGGGCCCUAAUCCAGUCCGUGAAGAAGCUUUCUGAUGUCAUGAUCUUGACUGUGUUCUGUCUGAGCGUGUUUGCUCUAAUUGGUCUGCAGCUGUUCAUGGGCAACCUGCGGAAUAAAUGCUUGCAAUGGCCCCCAAGCGAUUCUGCUUUUGAAACCAACACCACAUCCUACUUUAAUGGCACAAUGGAUUCAAAUGGGAUAUUUGUUAAUGUAACAAUGAGUACAUUUAACUGGAAGGAUUAUAUUGAAGACGACAGUCACUUUUAUGUUUUGGAUGGACAAAAGGACCCUCUACUCUGUGGAAAUGGCUCAGAUGCAGG